CCCGCGUGACGCACGAACGUGCCUAACUCCGCUUUAGGGCCCGGGCCACGCGUUGUCUUGGUGAUCUGUGGUGAUGAUGGUGAGAAGGAGCGGCCGCUACACUGUCAGUUGGCGAGGCUUCAGAGACUUCACGGCUAACAAGCCACCGGACGACGAAAAGGAGGAACAGAAACCUGAAGAAGAUUUAUCAAAUCAUGAAGUUAUCUUUUUACGGAGCAUUGUUGAAAGUCCUGAUUUUGGCAGAAAAUAUGAGUCGAUCGAUUCGGAGGAGGACUUGAUAGUGAAACCCGUCUCUUUAGAUAAUGUAAAUAUUAUACGUUCACUCAGUGAAUAUCGAGGCAACAACAUUCGAACUAUUGAACAAGCAGAACUUGCUAUACUGCUAUCGAGAGUACACUUUAAGGCACUUAUAGAUGCCCAUGACCAAAUUGGACAGAUUUGGUUAGAGAGAGGUUCAGGUGUAGAUGACAAAGUAGAAAUCAAAGAAGGUGAAAAAGAUACAGCUGAAGCAUUAGAUCCCAGUGCAGAAGCAAACGGAGAUAUGCCUGUAGAAACAGUUAAAGUUGUAGGCCUUAGAAAAGUACCUGGGCAACCGUUGGGAUUGACUGUCACCACCGAUGAACAUGGUCAAUUAAUAGUGGCAAGAAUAUUAGCUGGCAGUGCGGCUGCUAAACAAGCCUUACUCAGUGUUGGAGAUGUGCUGCUUGAAGUUGAUGGUGUGCAAAUAGAUUCAGAGGACCAGUUAAAGGAAGCUGUCUCUAAACCCAAUGACAGAGUUACCUUGAAAGUGGGACCAAACCUGAAAGAUAAAAGUGCUCAAUUAACUAAUAAACUUAGUUGUUAUGUAAGGGCUCUAUUUGACUAUAGUCCAGCAGAAGACACACUUAUUCCAUGUAAAGAAAUAGGAUUAGAGUUUAAAAAAGGUGAUAUUUUACAAAUAUCUGAUAGAAAAGAUCCAAACUGGUGGCAAGCAAGUCAUGUAGAAAAGCCCGAUGCAGUUGGUUUAAUACCUUCACCAGAAUUAGAAGAAAGGAGGAAGGCUUAUGUACCUCCAGAGGCAGAUUUUGUCCAUAAGAUCAGCAUAUGUGGUGCCAGAAUAUCGAGGAAAAAGAAGAAAUUUGUGUACGAAUCCCGUUCGAGCGUGCAGCUGGAGGGCGCGGAGCUGGCGCUGUACGAGGAGGUGGCGCGCACGCCGCCCUUCCUGCGCCGCGUGCUCGCGCUCGUGGGCACGCGCGGCGUCGGCCGCCGCACGCUCAAGAACAAGAUGAUACAGGGCCUCCCGGACCGCUUCGGCGCGGUCGUGCCGCACACGUCCCGGCCGCCGCGGCCGCUAGAGGAGAACGGCGAGUCGUACUGGUUCGUGUCGCGCGAGGAGAUGGAGCGCGACGCGCACGCGGGCCGCUUCCUCGAGUACGGCGAGCACAACGGCCACCUCUACGGCACGCACUUGGACUCCAUACGCGCCGUUAUCAAGGAAGGCAAAAUGUGCAUCCUCGACUGCGCGCCGCAGUCGCUGAAACUGCUGCACAACAGCAGCGAGUUCCUGCCCUUCGUGGUGAUGAUCGGCGCGCCCGGCAUCGACCAGCUGCGCAACCUCACUUACGCGUCCAAUAGGAAUUUGACGUUCGACCGGCAGAGCUCGAUCCGCUACAGCUCGCGCCGCGCGCGCACGCUCGAGUCGCUUGCGUCGCUCUAUGAGGAAGAAGAUCUGAAGCAAACGCUGGAAGAAAGCGCACGCAUACAGCGGCAGUACGAGAAAUACAUCGAUAUGGAAAUAGUGAACACAAACAACGAUACCACUUACUCGAAAAUCAUGGACGCCCUGCAUUCCCUAUCCACCGACCACCAGUGGGUUCCUGUUAGCUGGAUUUACUAACGACUCUUUUUAAACGUAGCAUUUUCCUAAGCUGUGAUAACGCGUGCGAUUAUAUGUUAAAAGUCUUAUAAAAUACGUGAAGCUUGAAGGCAGUUAUGAAGGCUUCAUGUGCAAUUUAAAAAAGUGCAAAAGCUAGUCUUUUCAUUCUUAUAUUUUUGUAAAACGAUAGGCUUUUCUAAGCUGGUGCAUCGAAGUAGCUGUUAACUUUAUUUUACAAUGGUUCUUAGAUGGUAAGUGAAAUAAGUAACUAUAUUACCAACUUAUUAAUUCACGCGUUAGUUGUUUUUUUUUUUCUAUUUCAUGUAAUAAAUCCUCAUAUAUUUCAUACGAAGCAAUAAAGCUUAUGAAAAUGCUACCGCUAAUAUUUGCAAAAAUGUAUCUAAUAAUGGCAACUCCAAUAAUUCGAUAACGUCGUAUCAUUUGUGUAUACUACAAAAAACACUCGACUUUCGAAAUCUAGGGAAACCUAUAAAUUUUACUAUUUCACAAACAGACAAAUUACACAUAUUCAUGGAUGUAUAUACAUAAAUAUCCAUAAAGCACAUCUUACAAUGAGAUUGUUAUAAACAACAUCACAUUUAUUAUAGAACAUCUCCAAUUAAUUAUUUACACAUAUUAAUUGGCGUAAGUAUAUACUGGCAUUUCAUUUAUGGUAUGUUAUAAUUAAGAUUCAAUUCUUUUAACUUUAGGACAAUUAUAUUUGAAUAAUUGUAUGAUACUUAAGAGUGUUUCACGUUACAAUUUACGUAAAUCAGGUAAAAAUAAUUCAAUACUUUCCUGAUCAAUCUUAA